GAGAGAGAGAGAGAGAGAGAAGAGGUAAACGUGUGCUAUCUGAUCCACCAUGGCAGGACCUGAAGUGAAGCCAAUAGUUGAGGUAGAGCAAGUGAAGAAGGAGCAAGAGGUCAUUGACUCUGUUCCUGCUGCUGCUGCUGGUGGCGGCAGUGAUUUGGACCUGACUGAGUUCGGAUCUGGCAAAGGAAACGACAAGCUAGUCCAAAAGGAUGACACCAGGCCCCCAACGAUGAAGGUGUCUGGAACAAAUGCUCCAGCUCAGCUUACCAUAUUCUAUGGUGAAAGAGUUUUUGUAUUUGAUUCAAUUCCAUUUGAAAAGGUUGGUGAGAUUGUUCGUAUUGCUGCUGCUGCAAGCCCCGGUGACGUGAAGAAUAUUGGCACUGGUGGUCCUGCAACUAAACCAAUUCUCUCAAGAUCUCCCUCACUGCUAAGUACAGCAACACCUUUGGCUUCACCACAGAUUCAUAUGCCCUCGUGUAAAUUGCAAGCUGAAUUACCAAUAGCGAGGAGGCAUUCUCUUCAGCGAUUCUUCGAAAAGCGCCGUGACAGACUGGUGAGCAAGAACCCGUAUCCUAUCCCAGACGGGACCAAAAAAGCGGAAAGCUCAAAACCUGAUGUUUGUGCGCAAGCAUCACCAAAUGCAGGCUGCUUUGAAAAGUCUAAUGAACCUCAGGCUGCUUGAGCUGUGUAAAAAGCCUUCCUUAAUCUGUAUCAUGGACAACUAUUCACUCAUGUUCCAACUUCGUCGGGUUGUUUAUGUUACUAUGUUAAACCUUAAUUGUUGCAUCGCUACUUAGACAAUGCAUCAGUAUCCUUGUUACAUGUUUACAAUAUUGCUAGACCUAUUAAACCUUAAUAGUCUCUGUCUUUGGCUGUUUGCUAGUC